AACAGACUCGGGUCUGCCUGUCUUCCAUGCAUUCGGCUCUCGAAUAGAGUACCCGGGAAAGCAUGUCCAUCUGGCUCGUCGUCUCCCCACACUCGCUAGCUGAUCGAUCGGCGAGCUCGCCAUCUCCACGCUCGCAAAGGUGAUCCAGAAUUGGUGCAGCGAGCAAGCCUGCUCGCCAAGGCGGCUUCAACCUUCUCUUUGACCCCUAUGCGCGCAUGCCUCAGUGACGGUUCACUAGCCCCCCCCUAAGGGUCUGGUCGCCGCUCCAUCUUUGGCUCUCAUAUACAAUGCAUCACUAGUCGUCUGAGCCGCCCUUUUCACCCCACCUUUGCUAUCGUCGCCCGCCAUGACGAUGCGCCGCAAAGACGAUGCGGAGCACGCAGCUCUCAACGCCUUCCUCUCCCCGCACUCGACCCUCAAGCGCAAUGUCGUCCCAUCACCUCGCGCUGAUGGCCUUGCCGCUGGGUCUCGUACCCUCGCCCACCUGAACAACAAGUCAGCGGCGCCUCUGUCCCCCGACGAGUGGGCACAAAAGAUCGCCACGAUCCUCAAGCCUGGCCCACCCUUCUACUCGCGCAUGGACAAUAGCGACCUCAUCCAAGCGCUCGGCGACAAUUCAAUCAUGAAUAGCGAUGUCGCCCGUGCGCACUCGCGACGCCAGCUCACCAGCGCCUCGGCCUCUACGUGGACGGGCGUGGGCACAGUGUGGGCUGCUCUGGACUCACUCCCCGCAGGCGAGUCAUGGGGACAGAUACCCGGCUCCCAAAGCGUCUCAACCUCUGCGGCUGACGCGGCAGACGAUGGUCUCUGGUCGUCGGUCAUGUUCAGUAUCGACCUGGACGGUUCCAACCUCGCGCUUGAGAAGUCCGUCGUCAUUCCCUCGCGUGUGCUGCACAGCAAUCACUACUUUGCGGGCAACCACAAGUCGCUGGACAGCCUCAUGAAAAGGGGUUCGAAGUACAAGUGGGAUGACUGGGAAGAGGUGCACAAACAGGCUGAGCUGGCCGCAAGUAAGGCUAGUGCGGCUUCGCAGGUGAGCCUGUGGACGUACACACCUUUCUACUCUUCGCCCUCUGCGAAUGCGGUGGCAUUCUGGAAUUGGCCUUCCUGGCUUCCCUUUGGCAAGAAGACGCCCAAGUCUAGCGAAGGGACCGCUCCUUCUACACCGCCCGCCGCAGACCCUUCGGGCAGCAAGCGUAUCUGGAUCCCCAGCACAACCAAGGCCUCAAUCCAUGCGCAUUGGUGGGGCUUCACUCUCUACCUCCCGGAGCCAGUCAUGCAAUCGCUCGCAAAGGACGCCGACAGAGCCGAGAAGACUGCCCAGACCAUCUCCUCGAUGCUCACGGCCAUUCUGGCUGGAGCGGCCAAAUUGCCCAUGCUUCCCCCGCAGCUGCAGGUCAUCUUGACCGUGUUGAAGAGUAUUGCGCCGGUGACGCAGUAUAUCUCGACGUUCAUUGGGUGGAGCUGGGAUGAGUUGAGUGGGUUCGACAAGGGAGAGGGUAUCUGUAUGAGCGCAACGUGGAUCUUGCCCGUGGCGCUCAUCCCGAGGACGUGGGACGCGCCUGCUGCUCCUAGUGACGGUGACGGCGACGCAGGGAAGGCGCCAGCCACGCCCACUCCGGCGCCAUCACAGCCUGCUCCUACGACGCCCACCCAGCCAGCGCCGACGACGCCAAGCCAGCCAGCUCCUACUACGCCUGCGCCCAAGAAGCCUGCUCCUGCUGAGCCUACGCCCACGCCCACGCCCACGCCGGCACCAGCGCCCACGCCUGCUCCAGCUGAGCCUCAGCCGCAGCAGCCAGCGCCCGCAGAGCCUUCUCCCACGCCUGAGCCUACGCCCGCCCCUACUCCGGGACCAGCAGAGCCCACUCCCCGGCCCGCCCCUACUCCAGCUCCAGCUCCGGCUCCUGAGCCAGAGCAGCCAGCCACGCCCGCUCCUUCUGAGCCCGCAGCCCCAGCGCCUACCGAGCCUGCUACCCCCGCUCCCGUCGAGCCCACUCCAGCUCAACCGGCUAAGCCCCCCACUACCACAGCGCCGGAGAAGGACACCUCCCCUCCCGUCCUCACUCCCACCACGCCUGCCCCAGACAAUGGGUCACGCAUCACCCUCCCGCUCACCAAGGAUGGCCCAACCGUAGCCGGCCCUCCACCACCACAACGUCCCGUCGACGUGCAGGGGGAGAUCCCCAUGGCGCCCGCUGGUCGCGGCUCUGAGCCCCCCGCCGCUGAUGCGCCUGCGGACAAGAUCGAUCCGGGAAAAUACGCUCCCCCGCCUAGUAAUGAAGCACAGCCCGCGCCUAGGUUGGAUGGAAUUACGGAGGCAACGCCAGCACCGGUGGAGGGGAAGGCGGCUAAAAAGGGGCUGCUGGGGAAGUUGGGUGGGAAGAAGGCGAAGGUGGUUGCUGCUGCUGAGUAAGUCAGACAAAGCGUAGCUGGAUGUUCCGCCCUGCCUUUGGUCUCAUUCUGUCUCGGGCUGCGCGUAGUAGCGCGCCUGCUUCUUUGCCAUCGUGCCCUCUUGUGUCGGCUCACAUUGCUGAAAUGCCAUUUGAUACCCUU